GUGCGCGCUGCCUGGAGGAGAUUCAGGCCAGGCGGGGACGCGUUGAGAGGAGAGGGGGGAACGCGCUGGCACCUGGGGCAAGGGCAAGGGCAAGGGCAAGGAAGCGGGGCGGGGGCGGCCUCACUUCUGGGAGCCGGGGUCUUGUGAGUGGAGGCUGAGCUGCCUGGGGAGGGGUCCUUGGGGCACUGAGAUCUGGUGAAUUGUAACGGGUUUGGGGGAUCCCCUCUCUUCUUCCCCCACCUUUCAAACUAGGGAGCCUCUGGGGCCUCUGAUGCUCGUGGGGAAAAGCCAGUUUGUUUAGGUCCCCUCGUUCACACCCCAAAGCCUGUGAGCUUUGUAGUUAAAAAUUGAAUCUAGAUAGGCCUCCCUCCACCCCAUAUGGUUGGAAAAGAAGAAUUAGAGUAAUAGUAAAAGAUUUUUUUUUAAAAAUUGAAGUUGGCAAACAUACAUGGAUUUGAUUGGCUUAAAAAUCAUCUCUGGGGAGAUGGGAAGCAUCAGUGUGGCGCUCAUGUAAUUAUUUUUACACAUCAAGUAUAGUAGCUAGAGUAGCUAACGAUCCCACUUUAUGCAUUGUCAAUUGUAUUUAAAGAUGCAUCUGUUUAGUAGGAGAGCAUACAGUGGCUUGCUUUUCAGUCAAGGUUCCAUGGCAAUUUGCCUUAGAAGCAGCAAAAGUUUAAUUAAGCCUCUUCUAUAUAGAAAUAUCAGCCUCUCCUGUCAGAGAUGUACAGUUAUGGCAUCGUGGGUAAUAGAUAGAUAUGGGCGAAAUGAUGUGCUACGAUUUACAAAUAACAUGAUGUUCCCUGUAAUACAUUUUCCAAAUGAAGUUAUUAUUAAAGUCCAUGCUGCAAGUUUAAACCCUAUAGAUGUUAAUAUGAGAAAUGGUUAUGGAGCAGCCGCUUUAAAUGUGAAACGUGAUCCACUGAAAUUGAAAAGCACCAGGAGUGAAUUUCCUCUAACACUUGGUCGAGAUGUAUCUGGUGUAAUUAUGGAAUGUGGGCUAAAUGUGUCCUAUUUCAAACCUGGAGAUGAGGUAUGGGCAGCAAUUCCGCCCUGGAAGCAAGGCACUAUAUCAGAGUUUGUUGUAGCUAGUGGAAAUGAGAUCUCUCACAAGCCCAAGUGUCUCAGUCACAUGGAAGCUGCCUCCUUACCAUAUGUCGGUCUAACAGCAUGGUCUGCAAUAAACCAAAUUGGGGGACUGAACCAAGAUAAUUGCAGUGGGAAACGAAUAUUAAUUUUCGGCGCUUCAGGUGGAGUUGGUACCUUUGCUAUCCAGUUAAUGAAAGCUUGGGGUGGUCAUGUGACAGCAGUUUGUUCUCAGGAUGCCAGUACCCUGGUAAAAAAGCUUGGAGCAGAUGAUGUGAUUGAUUACAAAUCUGGAGAUGUAGCAGAGCAACUGAAAAUGUUACCACUGUUUGAUUUCAUCCUAGAUAAUGUUGGUGGACCCACUGAAAACUGGUCUCCAGAUUUCCUCAAGAAAUGGUCAGGAGCCACGUAUGUUACUCUGGUAACACCCUUUCUACUGAAUGUGGACAGGCUUGGAGUAGCUGAUGGCAUGCUACAAACAGGAGUCACGAUUGGAACCAAAGCUGUAAAGGUCUGCUCGGUUCUUAGCCACUGAUACUGCCACUGAGUAUGUCUGUCUGCUGAGAGCUGGACUGAGACAACCAGCCCCCUUCAAAUGGGCCACCAACCAGUCAUCAGGCAGUAAUGAUUUUCUGCCAUCGCCACCCUGGGCUGGAUUUGAACUGAUUACAUAGAGGUGAAAGGCUCUGACUCCCUAGCAAAAUUCAGGAUUCAUUUUGUGUGUGUGUGUGUGUGUGUAAACAUGUGACUGUUUCUUAUACAAGAUGUAAACUGUGCAGUCUUGCUUGUCUGGCUGUGAAGAUAAGGCUUUUAUCGCAACCAGCCAACUCAUGCAGUUGGACACUGGAUUUCACUCUGAUCUUAUUGUGACAGCGCAACAUCUAUGUGCUUACAUCUAGUCCAUGUACUUCUGUGACAUUUAGACACCAGAAAAUAUUUCCCACAUUUUUCUUAAGAUUCCUUGCUAGGCUCUGACUCUCUUGUUUAAAUAUGCAGCUCAUAUUUCUUUGUA